UUUAAUUUAAAUAAAUAGUUUGAUACUUUUAUAAAACUGCAAUUUGUUAAUUAUCAUUUAACUUUAACCCAACUGAUAUUUUUGUGACAUUUUUUUUUGUAUUGAAUUUAUAUUAUAUAUAAUAAAUCAUUAUUUUAUAAUAUUGUGUAUAAAAAUCACCAUGGACUAUUUACGUAUUUCUGCAAUAUUGUUUGCUAUGCCAUUACUCACGAGUGCAAUAUCCGAGGAGAUUUGUGAGCAGAAGGGGGAGAACAUCAGUUGCAAACAGUCCAAGGUACUCGACAUCCGGUCUGUCAUGUAUGGGCGGCUGCGGACCGGAAACUGCAAUCCCUACCUAGUACAGAACCUGCCGACCAAUUGUCGCUCCACCAACAUCUCGACACAGGCAGUGAUCGGGUUGUGUCAGUACCGCUCAUUCUGCUUCCUGGAGGCCGACAACACCAUCUUGGGAGAAGACCCAUGCCCAAGUACGCCAAAAUACCUCACGGUUGACUUCGACUGUGUCGAUCCCCCGACAACGAAGGGAAAGAACCCAACUACAACAACAACAACAUCAACAACUACUACAACUACAACUACCACCACGCCCAAACCGACGACAACACCUACAACGACGACGCGUCGAACGACGCCAACAACAACCAGCACCACAACCACGACGACUCGGCGUCCAACGACGACGCCGACGACAACGCCGACGACAACCAGCACCACAACCACGACGACUCGGCGUCCAACGACGACGCCGACGACAACGCCGACGACAACAGCAACAAGGCCGACAACUACCCAUACUCCUGUGGUGCCGUUUUCACCAUUCAAUGCUCCAAACGGAACGCAGACUUGCCACGAGUACCUUGUAAGCGGAACCGGAAACCACCGCGUGCCUGACGCGCACCUGACGGCGACGUCACAGUUUGGAGGGGGUACUCUUGACAACCAUGGCCCUACACAGGCGCGGCUGUUCACCAAGGCGGAACAUCUCAGUAACGGCACGUACAACCGGGGUGCCUGGUCCGCGGCCGUCAGCAAUCAACAACAAUAUAUACAGGUUCAGCUGAACGCCCCGAGUAUCGUGCGGGGCGUGGCCACCCAGGGCCGCAACGUCAACCCCCAGGACCUAUGCUGCUACCAAUACGUCAAGUCGUACAAACUAUCGUACAGCAUCGACUGCGUCAAUUUCCACACUGUCAAGGAUCAAAACGGGAGCGAUAAGAUAUUCACGGGCAACUCGGACCAGGACACGGUGUUCACAAAUAUGCUCGACUGUCCAAUCAUUGCGAGGUGCGUGCGCAUCAUCCCCAUGGACUGGAAGGACCAUGUGUCUCUAAGGUUCGACCUACUUGGCUGUCCCGCACUCACAGCCGACGUAGGCUCCUGUCCGAAGGGUUGGGUGCAGAGGCCCGGAAGUAACGACUGCUACCUGAUCACGGACGUCAAGGACAUGCGCACUCGAGACGACGCCAGCGCCGAGUGCCAGAAACAGCAGGGACAUCUCGUCAAGAUCGACUCUAUUGCGGAAAGGGACUGGUUGCGUCAAAAGAUGGACUUUCUCAGGCGUACACAGGGCCAGUUUCACUUCUGGAUAGGGCUGUCCAACCGGCCCCGUACCGACAACACGGGUUUCGCGUGGGAGGACCAGACACCGCUGGACACCAAUGUGCUACCUUGGAAACAAAACAUGCCUGACAACGGUGGAGGCGGCGAGCACUGCGGGGAACUGUGGUUGGGGGAGCUCAACGACAACAGCUGUGACCAGCACUACCCGUUCAUCUGUGAGGUCCCUAAAUACUGGACCCCGCCACGGAACGUCCCUAAACCAUAUGUGCAGGUACCGACGACCAUAACCACCACCAAAGGAACGACGACGACAACCACGGCCCCUCCAACAGUACGUCCAUACGUACGCCCGGGUCUUCCUGGAAGUCAAGUCAUCAACGGAAUCCUGUAUUCUUCCGGAUGUUUGGGCCAGGUAACAGACUGCUCCACACGGCCCCAGGGUGACUACCAGUCAUGUCAGGGCUGUCACUAUUACAUGACAUGCGCUCCUAGCGGGGUGUUUACUCGACCAUGCCCCGCUAUGCUCGUUUGGGAUGAUAACCUCAAAACCUGCGAGGGGAGAUCAUCGACGUGUGGUCCAGUGGCCGGUUAACAUCUUGUGGUCUAGAAAUACUUUGAGACGAAAAACAUGUGAAGUUUGUCACUGUCGAACAUAUUUAUAUACUCAAAUAGCCAUUGAUUAAUGUCAUAUUUCACUGUACAUGUAUAUCAAUUUCAGAAUAUUUUACAACAUACAUGUAUGUAUACGAAUAACAUAUAUAGCAUACAGUUUUAUGUCAUUUUCUGUUCAUUUGCCGAAAUAAACAGAUCAUGUUUGUGCACUGGAAUUUUAAAAUUGUCCUGCAUUGGCAAUACAUUGUACAAUUAAACGUGAAUUCUUAUAAUUACCAUGCGUGGUAUAGAAUUAUAGAUAUAGAACGCGGACGUUUAAAACUAUCAUGCAUGAUAUAGAAUUAAACAUGGACGCUGAAAUUUAUCAUGUAUUCACAAAAGAACUAAACGUGGACGCUUAAAAUGACCAUGCGUAGGCCGUAGAAUAUUAAAAAUUGUUGUCUGGUCUGGACCUUUCUUUAAACUAGCUAGCUGCCAUGGCGUGCUGCAAAUCACAUGUUUAACGGUUUGCCCUUUGUUGUAUGUCCGCAGUUUUUUUUAAAUUAUACCAAUUGUGUUUAGUUAUAAUUUAAAUUUUAAAAUCGCACAAACCUGUUUGUAUGCCUUCCGUGCAUCUAGGAUAUAUCUGCACGACUGCCAUAACCAUUUAUCAUGUAUUUAUUGCAAUGUGUCUCAUUUUAUGUAACAUGUGUAUUUUAUCAAUGGACGAUGAACACUUUGUUUUAUCAGUAACCUUUCAUGUUUCAUUAUUUAUAUCAUGCGAAAUAAAAACUAACAAACGUG